AGCUGCGGGAAGGCGGUCAUUUCGACCCUGCAACCGGAGACAAACAGUCGAUUCUAGGAAGAUAAUGGAGGCGGCCGAGUGGGUGGGGAGGCUUUAUGAACACCCAGAGGAGGCCCCAAAACACGAAUAAGAACCUAUCGGGCCCGCGUUGGCACCCAAAGGGCUGCGCCUACAAGUUGGAGGCCCUAGUUAAUUAGGGCGGUGGCUGCGGGGUCGCAACUCUCGCUGAGAGGUUCCGGGUAACGGCCGCGAUCUUUAUAGGGGGCGAUGCGCAGCAGGGCGCAUGCGCGGACAUCCUGGUCCAGGGUAUUUGAAGGGGAGGAUUUGCAGUCAGGAAACUCAAACCAAACAUCACAUCAGGAUACCUGACAGAGUCACCCAGUUUGUCGUAACCUGAAUAUCAUCAGGUUUUGAACAUGGAAGGACAAAGCACUGUUCACAGUGCGGAGAAACCGUACAUGUGUUCUCUGUGUGGACGAGGCUUCAGCCGAUCAUCUGGCCUGUCCAGACACAAGCGCAGUCACAAUGGGGAGAAAUCGUGGAAGUGUGGUGAUUGUGGGAAGGGAUUCUACUACCCAUCCGACCUGGAAAUUCAUCGACGCAGUCACACUGGGGAGAGGCCGUUCACCUGCUCCCAGUGUGGGAAGGGAUUCAGUCAGUUAUCCAACCAGUUGAAACACCAGAGGGGUCACACUGAUGAGAAACCUUUUCAAUGCCCAGACUGUGAGAAGUGCUAUAAAAGUUCCAGUGAACUCAUGUACCAUCAACGUGUGCACACUGAUGAGAGACCAUUCAGGUGCUCUCAGUGCGGGACUGGGUUCAAGCAUUCACCUGCCCUCACUAAACACCAGCGCACUCACACUGGGGAGAGACCGUUCAUCUGCUCUAAGUGUGGGAAGGGAUUCACUCAGUCAUCCAGCCUGCUGAGACACCAGCGAGUUCACAGUGAUGAAAGACCUUUUAAAUGCCCAGACUGCGGGAAAUGCUGUAAAAGUUCUGGGAACCUGAUGUCACAUCAACGUGUUCACACUGAUGAGAGACCGUUCAGGUGCUUUCACUGUGGGACUGGUUUCAAGCAUUCAUCUGACCUCACUAAACACCAGCGCACUCACAGUGGGGAGAGACCAACUCUGAGUGUGGAAAGAGAUUCACUCAGUCAUCCUGAACAUGAUCGAAUCUUGAACAUGGAAGGAAAAAGUACCGUUCACAGUGGGGAGAAGCCAUACACGUGUUCUGCGUGUGGACAAGGCUUCAGCCGAUCAUCUGACCUGUCAAAACAUAAAUGCAGAGACAACCGGCAGAAACCAUGGAAAUGUGAGGACUGUGGUAAAGGAUUCAAUUAUCCAUCUGUGCUGGAAACACAUCGGCGCAGUCACACUGGGGAGAGACCGUUCACCUGCUCUCAAUGUGGGAAGGGAUUCAUUACCUCAUCUCACCUGCUGGCCCAUCAGCGAGUUCAUAAUGCGGAGAGGCCAUUCACCUGCUCCGAGUGUGGGAUGACAUUCAUUCAGUCAUCUGUCCUGCUGAGACAUCAGCAGGUUCACAGUGGGGAGAGACCUUUUAAAUGUCCAGACUGCGGGAAGUGCUAUAAAAGUUCCAGAGACCUGAUGUCUCAUCAGCGUGUUCACACGGGAGAGAGAACUUUUAAAUGCCCAGACUGUGGGAAGUGCUUUCAAAGUUCGGGGGAAAUGAUGUCCCAUCAACAUGUUCACAUAGACAAGAGACCUUUUAAAUGCCCAGACUGUGGGAAGUGUUUUCAAAGUUCAGGGGAAAUGAUGUCCCAUCAACAUGUUCACAUAGACAAGAGACCUUUUAAAUGCCCAGACUGUGGGAAGUGCUUUAAGAGUUCCCAGGAACUGAUGUCCCAUGAACGUGUUCACACUGAUGAAAGACCGUUCAGGUGCUCUCACUGUGGGACUGGUUUCAGGCGAUCUUCUAACCUCGUUGAACACCAGCGAGUUCACACUGGAGAGAGGCCAUUCACCUGUUCCAAGUGUGGGAAGGGAUUCACUCAGUCAUCCAGCCUACUGAGACACCAGCGAAUUCACACCAGAGAGAGGCCAUUCACCUGCUCCAAGUGUGGGAAGAGAUUCACUCACUCAACCACCCUGCUGACACAUCAGCGAGUUCACACUGGGGAGAGACCAUUCACCUGCUCUGAGUGUGGGAAGGGAUUCACUCAGUCAUCUACCCUGCUGACACAUCAGCGAAUUCACACUGAGGAGAGACCAUUCACCUGCUCUGAGUGUGGGAAGGGAUUCACUCGGUUAUCCCAUCUGUCACAUCAGGAUCUGACAGAGUCAUCUAAUUUAUCACAAUCUGAAUAUGAUGGGAUUUUGAAUAUGGAAGGAAAAAGCACCGUUCACAGUGGGAAGAGACCGUACACGUGUUCUGUGUGUGGACGAGGCUUCAGCCAAUCAUCUGGCCUGUCAAAACAUAAAUGCAGUCACACUGAAGAGAAACCAUGGAAAUGUGGGGAUUGUGGGAAGGGAUUCAAUUACCCAUUUCAACUCGAAACUCAUCGACGCACUCACAGUGGAGAGAGGCCGUUCACCUGCUCCAUGUGUGGCAAGGGAUUCAUUACUUCAUCUAACCUGAUGACACACAAGCGAGUUCACACUGAUGAGACACCUUUUAAAUGCCCAGAAUGUGGGAAGUGCUAUAAACGUUCUGGGGACCUGAUGCGCCAUCAACGUGUUCACACUGACGAAAGACCAUUCAAAUGUCCAGACUGCUGGAAGUGCUAUAAAAGUUCCUGGGAACUGAUGUCCCAUCAACGUGUUCACACUGACGAGAGACCCUUUAAAUGUCCAGACUGCAGGAAAUGCUAUAAAAGUUCUGGGGAACUGAUCUCCCAUCAACGUGUUCACACUGAUGAGAGACCGUUCAGAUGCUUGAACUGUGGGACUGGGUUCAAGCAUUCAUCUACCCUCACUAAACACCAGCGCACUCACACUGGGGAGAGGCCAUUCACCUGCUCCGAGUGUGGUAAGGGAUUCACUGAUUCAUCCAACCUGUUGAUACACCAACGAGUUCACACUGGGGAGAGGCCAUUCAGCUGCUCCCAGUGUGGGAAAGGAUUCACUGAUUCAUCCACCCUGCUGAGACACCAGCGAGUUCAUGCUAACGAGAGAGCUUUUAAAUGCCCAGAGUGCGAGAAGUGUUUUAAGAGUUCCAAGGAACUGCUGUGCCAUCAUCGUGUUCACACUGAUGAGAGACCGUUCAGGUGCUCUCACUGUGGGACUGGGUUCCGGCGAUCAUCACAGCUCACUGUACAUGAGCGCAGUCACACUGGGGAGAGGCCAUUCACCUGCUCCGAGUGUGGGAAGGGAUUCACUCACUCAACCCACCUGCUGACACACCAGCGAAUUCACACUGGGGAGAGGCCGUUCACCUGCUCCGAGUGUGGGAAGGGAUUCACUCUGUCAUCCCAUCUGCUGACACAUCAGCGGGUUCACACUGGGGAGAGACCUUUUAAAUGCCCAGACUGUGGGAAGUGCUUUAAGAGUUCCAAGGAACUGCUGUGCCAUCAACGUGUUCACACUGACGAGAGACCGUUCAGAUGUUCUCGCUGUGGGACUGGGUUCAGGCAAUCAUCUCAACUCACUGCACACCAGCGAGUUCACACUGGGGAGAGGCCAUUCACCUGCUCCACAUGUGGGAAGGGAUUCACUCAGUCUUCCAGCCUGAAGACACACCAAAGAGUUCACACUGCGAGAGACCUUUUAAAUCCCCAGAGUGCGGGAAGUUCUAUAAAAGUUCUGGCAAACUGAUGUCCCAUCAACGUGUUCACACUGAUGAGAGACCGUUCAGGUGCUCUCACUGUGGGAUUGGGUUCAGGAAAUCAUCUCAACUCACUGGACGCCAGCGCAUUCACAUCGGGGAGAGGCUGUUCACCUCUUCUGAGUGUGGGAAGGGAUUCACUCAUUCUUCCCACCUGCUGACACACCAGCGAGUUCACAAGUAACUAUUUCACAAGUGAUUGGAUUUUGCUGUUAAUCAAAUCCAUGUUAUUUUUUGCUGAUAUUAAUAAACUCCAGCCCAGUUAUAGGGGCAAAUAUUCUAGAAUAAAGUG